GUGAGAACAGAGUGAGCUCACACUGAAAGAGAGCGAACAAGAAGGAAGAGAGAGCUAAGACUUAAAAAUCUACCACCAACAAAGAGGUAUGAUGUCACUGUGCAGGAUCCUGACUACACUUCUCCUUUUUCUGAUUGCUUCUCCACUUCCCAACUCUCACUUCUUCAGUCAUGCUGCCAUCACUUCUCCUCCCACGACCCGCCAUCGCAUCAAUUACAGUUCCUUAGAUGAAGAUGAAGAGGACAUCCAAAUUGCCAAGAAGACCACUCCAGUCCAACAAGGACCGCUACAGCCCUGCAAAUAUGACUCCUGCUCAGAAAAUCAGGAGCCCUGUGCAAGCCUUUUAGAGAAAUAUGGGUGCCUCUGCCCUGGGGUCAGCAGGGAAGAUAGACCCCCUCAGCCACCUCGCAUCAUGGCGCUGAAUCCAAUCAGCACAGGGGCGGACAGGGGGAAGAUAGAGGUCAAGUGGUGUGCUCCUUCUUCUGUGGUGUCUGAGUACAAAGUGGUGAUAGAAGGAAGUGAAGGGGAGCCCGAGAAGUUUAAAGACAUUUCACGAAGAGGAGUGAUCAGCUCAGUGGAAGUCGGGACUAGAGUGUGUGUACAGGCUGUGAACAAAGCAGGGAGUAGUGGUGAAUCAGAGUUCUCCUGUAUGCGCUUCAACCAUCAUGAAUCCUCUGACCAGAAGCUGUUUGCUGGGGUAAUAGUAGGAGGAGUUGCCCUACUUCUAAUUCUCAUCAUAGCAGCUGUGAUCAUAUGGAAGUAUAAGAUGCACAAAAAGGCAAAGGGAGACUCCACUGAUGGUUUGGGGAACCCUUCGUACAGCACUCAGGAGACUCUGUGAACUAGACUGCUUCAGCACUGACAAUCCAUCCCUUCACACUGAAAUGGCCCCUUAGGCGGGCUCUCAAGGGGCCUUAAAGCUGGGAGGACAAUGUUGUAAUUAGAAAAAAUAGCUCUGGGAUAUUUGAUGAUUAACUUUAGAAUAAAAAUGUUGUUUACACUCCAUGUUCAAGGGAUAUUUAAACAUAAUGGGAUCAAGAUGAGUUGUAUUCCUUGAAUAACACUAACAAAUUAGUCAUUUUGCUAAAAAAUAGUGGUUCAAACUACAGGUCAAUUUGCUGGCAAAUUAACCUCUGUUUACUUAAUGUACUGUUUGCUUUUAUUGUUUUGUGGCUGGAUUUUCUUUAAAUUGUUUAAUUAUUUUUCCUAUUUACAUGCUGACCUAAACCUUUGAUAUAAAUAAAAGUUAUUU